AUGUCCAAGCUCCGUAGCCGCGUCUCCCUCUUUACUACCAAAUUUCCAAAGUACCGCCAAACUACGCCAUCUAUACGGAGAGACCAUCAUCGUCGUGCGUCGGUUUUUUCAAGCCAUACACCAGUAUUAAUAGCCCUCCCCCUCGUCAAUAAAGUCGCCGUUGUGACCGGCUCCUCUCGCGGUAUUGGUGCUGCCAUCGCCAGAAGACUCGCUGCCCACGGUGCAUUUGUGGUCGUAAACUAUCUCGGCAGUGCAGGCGCCGCGGGUGCGCUCGUGCAGCAGAUCAAUGUGGAGGGCAAGGGCAAAGCUAUCGCCAUCAAGGCAGACAUAUCGUCGGUCGUCGAAGGAACCAGGCUCAUCGAAGAGACCGUACGGCAUUUUGAAAGACUGGACAUUCUGGUUCUGAAUGCUGGCAUCGUGGGUGACGCCUCCCUCAAUGAUAUCGAUGAAAAGCAUUUCGACGACCAGUUUACCGUUAACGUAAAGGCACCGCUCUUCAUGGUCAAGGCGGCCGCAACUCAGCACCUAGGGCCUGGUACGCAUGAGGUCGUGUGCUCUUCCGCAGCAACGAAGAAUUCUAGCAUCACUGGCAACUAUGCCGUGUACUCCGCCACCAAAGGGGCGGUCGAGCAGAUGACGCGCGUGCUUGCCAAGGACAUCGGAGCUAGGGGCAUCACCGUCAAUGCUGUUGUUGUAGACACCGAUAUGGUCCGGCAGGGGAACGACGAGAACGGUUGAAGUUUCUAGCUCGCCCUCACCCACUUAACCGCCUCCCUAGCCCUGAAGAAAUUGCUCCUAUUUUUGCCUUCAUAUCGAGAGAGGAGGCCGGGUGGAUUAAUGGACACAUAAUUUUUGCGAAUGGCGUAAGGAUUCUUU